AUGCAGGUCGUAAUACCGCCGAGAGACCAUAAACCCAUCACUUACAGAUAUACCUGGGACGAAUAUGGCGAAGUGCAAAGCGUAGAAAGGGUCGGCGAGUCGGUGGAUCACAGCUCCCACAGGCAAACUCACCGGUGGCCGUUUCAAAACAACAGUUCCCCGGAUAACCUAACCUCGAGCUCCCAAAGGACAGGCGCCCGACGGACGACGUGGCAACCUCGUGGUCUAUCCAGCGGCCAGACAUCUCCCAGCACGAUAGAUAAGGACCUAAUUCCAGACUAUGUCAUAAACUACCUCCGCGGCGAAACCCCCGAGACUGUGGCAUUGCGAGCCUCGAUGAAGGCCCGUGGGCCCCAAGGUGUCAAUCUCGAACAACGAGAUAGAGCGCACAGGUCAAGAGCGGCAGACUUUUACUUCUCUGCCAGUCGCUCGAACUCUGAUCCCAAUGGUGCCGCUCAGUCCGGCGAGGAAGGUGGCGAGACUAAGAGGAGGAGAGUGUCGGGUUUAGUGGGUUGGAGGUUCGGUGUCGUUAUUAAUGCACUAAUAGCUUUUCUCAUCCUCCUCGUGGGCAUCAUCUGCCUCGCUCUGGAUAUUUCCAGGUCGAGACUAGGCGGGGAGUCGACCAUUUAUACCGGCGAUUGCGAUGGGGCGAGGCGUAUCAACUGGGUUCUGCAGGUCAUAAUCAACGUCUCAAUCGUCGUUCUGCUCGCCAUCUCGAAUUACGUCUUUCAAGUCCUUAGCGGCCCCACGAGAGCGGAGGUCUCCGCCGCCCACGAUGAGAAGAAAUGGCUCGAUAUAGGGAUCCCGUCGUUUAGGAAUCUCAUUUAUAUCUCCAGAUUGAGAGCGCUACUUAUAAUCACCAUCCUUGUGACGACUUUGAGCGUUCAAAUACUAUACAAUGGUGUAAUAUUCGUCUCCAGAGUUGGCAGCUCCUCGAGCCUCGUCUUCGUAACCGAAUCAUUUCUCUCAGGCGCACCCUUCUCCAAUGCCUCGCAAACUAACUCAGCCAUGUUUUCCCGCAUUGAUCUUUUAUCCCUUCAGGACAGUGCCAAUCGCGGGGAGCUCACCAACCUCACGGCGUCAGAAUGUGUGACAUCAUUCACUGGUCCUUACGUCGGUGACUUUUCUACCAUUCUCAUUGUUACCGAUAUCAAAUCAUCAACGGGGAGUCUUCUGCAGACAGGCAUGGCGGGUUCCCGGGGAGGCCGCUUCUUGGAAGCCGAGAUUAGCGAGGGCGUUCGCCUCCAGAAACAAGAUGUUCUGUUCUGCAUGGCGGAGUCGGCAGAGCUCGGCCGAGAAUCAUGUGAGCUCAAGCUUUCGAGCUCUCUACUUGGAGUUGUCACCCUCCUGAACCUUAUCCUCGUCAUUGGCGUAGGUGUCACUUCUCUCUUGCGAAAAUUCAAACCCUUGGCGACCCUCGGAGAUGCCAUCUCCUCUUUUCUCGAAACUCCAGAUGCGACCACCCGCAACGCCUGUCUCUUAACCAAAUCAGAUGUACGCGCUGGAAGGUGGCCUUUAUAUGAGGCCAAGUACUGGGUGCCCCGCGAACACUUCUGGAUUCUCACCCCAUCACUUAUCCGCUGGGCAGUCUUCGCACUGGCAUGGAUUACACCCGUCGCACUUGCUGCUGCGGCCUUAGCUGUCAGUAUCGUGGAACAACCAAAUGGCCAGCUAACAGCUUUCGGGAAGCCUGCGCCUCACCAGAUCUACGCUUUUCCCGCAGGAACUAGUCGGGUAGCAGUCAGUAUCCUCGCAGGGCUUCCUCACCUCCUAAUUGCCCUGUUAUAUAUAACUUUAAACGCUCUUCUGAGCACUUAUUUCGUCGGGAACGAGAUGUCCGAGUUCGCCGUGCCGGAUGCCUUUAAGGCUCUACGACUCUCCAGCGCCGCACAAGGUAUCCAACAGACGAGCCUAUACAUUACCCUCCCGCGCCCGUGGUCCUGGCUCCUCAUACUCCUCUUUUCAGCCGCCGGACUCCUCGUCGCCAACUCCCUCGUCGUAGUGGCCGUCGACGUCCUCCCCCCACCCUCGGAUCUAUCCUUCACCGAGACGACCCAACUCACCGCGCUCUCCACUUCUUCCACGGCCCUUCUCGCCCUGCUUGCCGUUCUCCUCGUCAUCCUCGCCAUACCGCUGGGUCUCGGUCUUCGGCGCGCCAACCCUACGGCUAGCUACGUGAACGGUCGUCCCGCGGGAAAUCCUCUCGCGAUGCGUGGCGGAACCUGCUCGGCCGUUAUUAGCGCGCGGUGCCAUGGUCCCGGAGACGAGGGCGAUAAUCUGGUUGAUCCCACCGCAGAGAGACUCGUCUGGGGCGUUGUCAGAGAAGGCGAGGGCAUGGAAGUUGGGAGACUCGGCUUUGCUGGCGAAAGGAGGGGUCCGAGGCCCGUCGGGAUGAUUGCUGUGGGGAGGGCUUAUGCGUAA